CUUAUAAUAAUAAAAUAUGAGAGUUCUAUUGCUAUCUAUUCUAGUGUUAACGAGCCUAUCAUGUGUUUAUGGCUGGUCUGCUACCGGACAUUUGAUAACUUCUACUAUUGCAUACAAUGAUUUGAAACAAAAUGAUCCCCAGACCCUUGCUAAGGCUGAGGCCAUAUUAGCUCCAAUUGGAAAGUACUUUUUGGACCCAGAUCACGAAUUUAUCAGUGCUGCUACAUGGCCUGAUGAUAUUAAAGGUAUGCAGUGGAAGGUGUUCAAUAUUCUCCACUUCCUUAACGAGCCCGUUGUUGACCCAGAUUUCACCGGAGAAAUUGAGUUGGCAUCAGACAAUGCUAUUACCUUGUUUGACGAGUGAAUGAACACUAUUAAAAAUGCGAAAGGAGAUGCUGCUCUUAUUGGAAAAUCUAUUUGCAUGAGAUUCAUCAUCCAUAUUGUUGGAGAUAUCCAUCAGCCACUACAUACAGCUACUUAUUUCAGCGAGUUGUUCCCUAAGGGUGAUUUGGGAGGCAAUUUGUUUGAAAUCUUCUACCCUCUGAAGCACUCGUUGAAGAAACUUCAUACCUUCUGGGAUGCAUGUGCUAACAAGUACUCUGCAUCAAUCAAAGUUCCACUAACAGAUGCUCACUAUGAAAAAUUGCAAGGAUAUUCAGCAAAUAUUACAGAAGUUUGGCCAAGAAGUGCCCUUAAAUCAGAAUUGAAGGUGAAAUCCUUCGAAGAUUGGUGUAAAGAAUCAGGAAAGCUUGCCAAAGAAGUCGCUUAUGACAACCUCAAUCUUCACAGCGGAGAUACCAUCACUCAGGAAUAUGACGACAAGGCUAGAGAUGUUAUUGACAAGCAACUUGCUCUAGGAGGCUACAGACUUGCCGACUCUUUGAAGACCCUCCUCAAGCUUGUACCAGAUUCAGUUAUUCAUGAAUUACUUGAAGAACUUUAGAACAGCUUAAUCGGAUUUGAU